CAGAAUGGCAACACUUAACAAUACUGGAGUAACUAAUGAUAGUCAAGUCUACCGUUGUGAGUUAAAAGAGAACUUCAAGUACAUUCUCCUCCCGGUGAGUUACACUCUGGUGUUUGUGUUCGGUCUGGGGUUGAACAUCACGGCCAUGUACGUCAUCCUGUUUCGCACCAAACACUGGAAGCCCAGCACCAUCUACAUGAUCAACCUCAACGUCUGCGACACGCUUUACGUCCUCACCCUGCCGUUCCUCAUCUACUAUUACGCUGAUAAGAACGACUGGCCGUUCGGGGAGGUGAUGUGUAAGCUGAUUCGCUUUCUCUUCUACACAAACCUCUACGGAAGCAUCCUCUUCCUCAGCUGCAUCAGUGUGCAUCGCUUUUUAGGCAUCUGCCACCCGAUGCGCUCUUUAUACUGGAUGAACGGUCGGCGUGCUCGUAUGGUUUCGGUGGGAAUAUGGGUGAUCAUUCUCAUCUUACAGGCACCGAUUCUUUAUUUCUCCAGGAUGAGACGUAAUGAUACUGAUCUGGUCUGUCAUGACACCACCAUCCAGGUGCUCUUCAAUGACUUUAUUGUUUACAGCUCGGUGGUGAUGUUCCUGCUCUUUGUCAUACCGUUUGGUGUGGUGCUGGUCUGCAACGGCCUGAUGGUGAAGAAACUUCUUGAUCCCAGCGGUCUCAGAGAACCAAUGUCACAGCGCUCCAAACAGAAGUCGGUGAAGAUGAUUAUUAUUGUGCUUCUGGCUUUUGUGUUGUGCUUCUUGCCUUUCCAUGUGAACCGCAGUAUUUACUACACCUUCCGUUACCUGGACAAACAUGACUGCAACAUAAUACGACUCUCCAACAAUGCCUACAAGGUCACGCGACCUCUGGUCAGUCUCAACAGCUGCAUCGACCCCAUCCUCUACUUCAUGGCAGGACAGAGCUUCAGAAGCAGCUUCAACAAGAAAUCAAGCAUGAAGUCUGAAAAAACCCUUUCAACAUUACAGUAAAGAUUAGGAUUUCUUAUUUCAUAGAAUGACUAUACGUCCUUUUCCCUUAGACAUGUCCUGGCCAGGAUUUCAAAAUUGCCUAAAAUGUCUGGUUUUGGCUUUGUUUUUAUACUUGCCAAAACUAAUGACUGAAAGGUGGUUUGACCAAUAGCAUGCAGGCGUAGUGCAUAAUUGACCAAUCGUGGCAUCCGAGAGGGUGGGAUCUACAGAAAACGUUCAAAGAAAACAAUUCAAAUACAUGUAGGCCUACAUAUAACGUAUGCGGACUGUAGCGAGAGCAUGAGUGGGAAAACAAAGCCAAAACCCGGACAUUUCAGGAAGCUUAGAAAUCCCGGCAAUGGUCUGCCAGGGAAAAUAGGGCUUUUCACACUGCGCUUAAAGGGGUCAUAUGAUGUUGCUAAAAAGAGUGUUUAUGCAUAUAAUAAAAUGUGUUUAUGUGGUUUAAGGUUCAAAAAACACAUUAUUUUCCACAUAAGGUACAUUAUUAAUUCUCCUAUAUGCCCCAGCUUUCUGAAACGCGUCUGCUUUUACAAAGC